AUGUACGUGGACUUUUCCGUCGGACAGAGAGCGCGCCCACGAGACCAGUUCGCGGUGGCGGACGGGAGUUCAGCGCGAGCGCCAGUGGACCGCGGCCUGAGAUGCUGCGCCCGUGACCGUCCUGCGACAGUGCCACGAAACGUAAGGAACCCCACGCCCGCUCGGGCGGUCCGCAUUAAUACCGGCCGCCUUCCUAUUUGCAUGGCGCAUACGAGUGGAUUUUAUUUUCGUCUGGCGGCCGCUGUGUGCGUGCGUGUGCGGGCGGCGGUGUGCGCGGGCCGCGUGUGUGCGGCGCGCUCCACCCGCCGAGGCGGCUGCUCC